AUGUCUUCAUCCCCUCCGCAGAAAGUCUCGCUCUACUCUGUUAAUGUUGCAGAUCUCAAAAAUGCAACGGACGAUGCACUUGCACCAUACCUUACGAGCCUCCCCAAACCCUACGCCUUCAGACAAGAACAUUACAUGACAAACGUAAAGCUUGCAUUGGGGUACACAGCCGUCCUGAUCGCUGGAGUGCUAUUCUAUGCAGACUGGAAACUGGGCUGGGACGCGACCAAGUCGUACACAGGUCCUGCAUGUGUCGCAUACUUUGUGCUAAAUAGUGCAUUGACGUUCUGGAUCUGGGUGGUGGAGGCAGGGACAGUGUUCGUGGGUGUCAGGGAGGGAGGACAAAAGCUCACACUCCGUUCGGUUUCGAAGAAACACUCCCCUGAAUACAAACUAAAAGUCACCUACACGGCCCCCUCAACUGGCAAGAAAUGGGAAGACAAGGAAAUCUCCGGCAACUACACACAGUGGUUUAAUACACAUGGCUAUCUGCAACGCAAGGAACUCCAGGCGUGGCUCAACUCCAAUAUCGACGUGUUGAGGAAUGCACAGGAAGAGAUGGCCAGGAAGGACAAGACCGACAGAAUUCCCGUCAUGAUGCCCGCGGUGCAAGCUGACCAAGGAGCUGAACCCCCAACAACGCUUUCGUCUGGUGCGGAACCAAGUCCAACGCCAGCGGGCACGAAGAAGGGCCGGUCGAAGAAAAAGGCUUGA